AUGGUUGUCGCUACCAUCAAGUGUGUCGUGGUGGGGGACGGUGCAGUGGGCAAGACCUGUCUGCUCAUCUCGUACACUACCAACAAGUUCCCCUCGGAAUACGUGCCCACUGUGUUCGACAACUAUGCCGUGACAGUCAUGAUCGGCGAUGAACCCUACACCCUCGGACUGUUCGAUACCGCCGGUCAGGAAGAUUACGACCGUCUGCGCCCGCUGUCCUACCCUCAGACCGACGUUUUCCUCGUUUGUUUCUCCGUCACCUCCCCCGCCUCCUUCGAGAACGUCCGUGAGAAAUGGUUCCCCGAGGUCCACCACCACUGCCCCGGCGUUCCGUGCCUCAUUGUCGGCACCCAGACCGAUCUGCGCGAUGACCCCGGUGUGCGCGAUAAGCUCGCUCGCCAAAAGAUGCAACCCAUCCGCAAGGAGGACGGUGACCGUAUGGCCAAGGAACUCGGCGCUGUCAAGUACGUCGAAUGUUCCGCUCUGACGCAGUACAAGCUCAAAGAUGUCUUUGACGAGCUGUACACCGCUAACUCACCUCUCACCGAAAAGGCUAUCGUUGCCGCCCUCGAGCCGGCUCCCAAGAAGAAAUCGCGUGGCUGCCGUCUGCUUUAA